AUGUCGGUCCGCGCGUACGAGAUCACCGGCCCACUGCAAAGAUCGCGAUCAAACUACUACAAACCACCAAUGCCACCGCCUCAGUCAUAUGAGAGCUUCUACAUCGACGAAAAGCUCUCAGGACUUAACAACCCACUCCCGCCAACGCCGCCAGCACCAUUACAACCGCACUCACAACCGCAACAAUACCAGACGUCCGCGCCGCCGCCCUUUCAAGACGCUGCGAUGGUCUCCAUUCCCGCAGACAUGUUCGACAGAAUGUUCCUCAAGUCGCAGGAGAACGCUUCCGGGAAAACCGCCCACCGGCAGUUCGGCAAUCCCACUCCUCUCUCUGUCGUAGGGUUUCUGCUUGCCCUAAGCCCUCUUUCAUGUGACUUGAUGGGUUGGCGGGGCGCUGGCGGGAACGGUGCUGCAUCCAUAGGCGCCUUCUUCUUCAUCGGCGGCGUACUGAUGCUCCUGGGCGGCUUUAUGGAAUGGGUGGCAGGCAACACAUUCCCCUUCGUCGUGUUCGCCUCGUUCGGCGGCUUUUGGUUCUCGUAUGGGGCAACACUACUCCCAUUCUUCAACGCGUUCGGAGCAUACUCGCCAGACCCUACCGACAUCACCGCCGGGCUCGCCACAAAGGGAUUUAACGCGAGCUUCGGCUUUUUCAUGCUCUUCAUGGCCGUGCUCUGCUUCAUCUACUUGAUCUGCUCGCUGCGGACCAACGUUGUAUUUGUCAUCAUCUUCACGGGCCUGUUUGGUGGCUUCAUCUUCCUGACUGCCACGUUCUGGUUGACCGCUGAGGGUGACGCCGCGGCCGCCAGAAUGCUGUAUAUUGCGGGCGCUUCCACUUUCGUCUCCGACAUGGCAGGUUGGUACUUGCUGUCCUCCUUGCUCCUUUUGUCGGUCGACUUCCCAAUACAAUUGCCCCUGGGUGACCUGAGUGCUUGGAUUCCAGGGUUCAGUGCGAGAUAG